CAGAAACCUCAGAGGCUGGGAUAGGGUCAUCAUCCUGAGGCCGGUUGCUUUGGACAGUUUCCUUUCUGGUCAGGCCUGGCCUCUUUUUGUGCAGCUCUGAGUGUACUGCUGAACACUACAGCUGCAGCACAGAGAGCAGGAUGGAGUUCUUAGCUGGAGCAGAGACUGCCGCCUUCAACCAGCGCUGGCCAGUUCGGCUGCUGCUGUGGGUCUCAGCCCUAAGCUGUUCUUUCUCCUCGCCAGCCAUUCUCCCUCCUUCUCUGAUACCCCGAGUCAGAAGCAGCUACACUCUGGGAAGGACGUUCCUCGGUCUUGACAAAUGCAAUGCCUGCAUCGGGACAUCCAUUUGUAAGAAGUUCUUUAAAGAAGAAAUAAGGUUUGACAACUCAAUGGCUUCCCACUUGGGAUUGCCUCCUCAGGACUUGCCUUCUUAUGCUGCCAAUUACUCAGAUGAUUCUAAAACCUGGCGCCCUGUGGAGAUUUCUCGACUGGUCAGCAAGUACCAAAGUGAGAUCUCUGACAGGAGAAUCUGUGCCUCUGCAUCAGCUCCGAAGACCUGCAGCAUUGAGCGCAUCCUGCGGAAAACAGGAAGGUUCCAAAAGUGGCUGCAGGCCAAACGACUCACACCUGACCUGGUGCAGGGCCUGCCCAGUCCCUUCCUGCGCUGUCCUUCACAAAGACUCUUGGAUCGUGUGGUUAGACGCUAUGCUGAAGUGGCUGACGCUGGCAGCAUCUUCAUGGACCACUUCACCGACCGUGACAAGCUGCGCCUCCUCUAUACACUGUCUGUCAAUGCACACCCCAUCAUUCUUCAGAUCUUCCCCGGGGCGGAGGGCUGGCCACUGCCCAAGUACCUGGGCUCCUGUGGUAGAUUUCUGAUCAGUACGAGCACCAGACCACUGCAAGAAUUUUACGAUGCACCUCCAGAGCAAGCUGCUGACCUUGCCUACCAACUCCUUGGGGUCCUGGAGUCCCUGAGGAGCAAUGAUUUGAACUAUUUCUUCUACUUCACCCAUGUUGAUGCAGACAUGUUUGGCAUCUUUGACAAUGGGCAUCUGUUCAUCCGCGAUGCCAGUGCACUAGGCAUCAUCGACAAGCAGGAAGGCAGUCAAGCAGCUGCCAGGACUGGAGAGAAGGAAGACAUUUUUAGCUGCCUGGUUUCUGGCUGCCAGGUCCAGCUGUCCUCCUGUGACACUGUCUCUGAGAAGCAAAGCCUGGUGCUGGUGUGUCAACAGUUGCUGCCUCAACUUCUCCGGGGAAAGUUUCCCUCCCCUGUGCAAGAGGAAAUAGAGUCUGCUCUCAGCCUGUGUGGCAAAGAUGCUAGCACAGAUGUGGAAGUGUUGGGGGCCACCAGCCAGCUGAAGGACAUCUUGAGACCACUGAGAACCUGCGAUCCUAGAUUUGCCUACCGCUACCCAGACUGCAAGUAUAAUGACAGGUUCUAAGCAGCUGGGACCUAACGAGCCCGGGGGGGACAAUCCACAGGCUCUUUCAUGUCCCUGGUUGAAUUGAUGCCAAAUUGGAAGAAGCAAUUUUAAACAUUUUAAACAUUGAAGUAUAUUCCUUUCCUAAGAAACACUCGAAACUAGUGAAAAAAACCUCUGACACUGCAUAAUUGACACCACUGGUUAGGACACCGUGGCAGAGUCAGGAGGUGAGCACAGGAAGACCCAGGUGUGAAUGUGCCAUGUCUUUGAACCUCCACUUUCUCUGUACUCUACCAGGCUUUCACAAGUUAAAGAAAACAGAUGUGAGGGGCCCAGACAUAUAGUCGUGACCUACAAAACAUGUAUUCCAGAAGCACAUGUCAUGAGGCUGGUCUAGGUUGAAGGCAGGACUUUAGGCCACUGGAAUUUAAGCUCUCAUUCCUACUCUCUUGCAUCUGUGAGAAGGGAUGUGCCCACUCACCACCAGCUACUGAACCCUCUGAGGACCUGGGACUCCUUAUGCAUGUGCAGAAGUCACCUCAGGAAGUGGGAAGGAGCCAAGGAUAAGAAAAGAAGGGGGACAGCUGAGGUCAAUGUGUUUGCUCAGGUCCUCUAAAAGGCAAGUGUCAAAACACGAUUACAUGAGUUUGCUUAGAGCACAUGCUUAUGGGGGAGGCAAGACAGAGGGAAACAGGCAAAGGUUGACCCCCAGCAAAAGGUCGGCAAUGCAAGAAAGAUUGUCCGGGUGUCUACAAGACCAUACACCAAAGGAGCUCCAUAGCUGCCACGAAUAGAUCCCUUUUAUUAUCCCUGUGUUCUGACUAGCCAGAGUAGGCUAUGGUAAGUGUGACUUCCCCUUAGCUGCAAAGACAGAUUUCAGAGCACAGCAGCCUGGGGGCACCAGAUAGGUUCCACUGGUAGUUGUAGCUAUAGCCUGGGACUGGGGCCUGCUGUCUUCCACACCAUGUGCUUCAGUGAAAGACUAAGGAGUCCUAGAAAUGUCAUCCAAAUAUGGCCUUACAAGUUAUUAUAAAGAAAAAAAACAUUUUUUUCAAGGUCAACCAGUGGAAUAUAUUUUCCUCAACAGUGACUUUACUGUACCUUUAAAAUAUUUAAAUACAUGGCUUAUGGGUUUCUGUACAUGCCUCCUUAACAAUCAUAAAGGGCUCUUAGACCUUUGCCUAGUCUCCCUACUAGGCCUGUAUUCCUGGGGACUGUUCAGUCUACCUCCUUUCUUCUACCUCUAAAUCAUAACCUUGGAGGUCAGGAUACCUAGCUAACAGGCCUCACUGCACACAUCGGGAAACAGAGGCCCAGGGAGAAAGUGAUUUGCUGAGAUAAUGCUGAAACCCUCCCUACCAGUUCAUUCCCCUGUUGCCUUUCCCAUCAUUCUCAGACUCCCAUCUUGGACUGUCAAUUCUAAUUUCAUUCACAUUUAAACACUAUCUUAUGGUAUAGUGGGUGACCUUUUGAUCUUGCCUUUUGACUGCUCCAGACCUUGUCCCCUGGCAACCACAACAGUGAGGAUGACAGGCCAAGCUGGUGCAAGAACUGGCUUGUCAUGCCUGAGAAUCUUUAAAACUGAUAUCCUCUGGCUGGCUGUUGAGAAGGAAGUCUGAUCACAUCUCCUACCUGCAGUAUCAUGAUCUGCUCUCCCUACUGACUUGCUUGCAGUAUGUGUUCCUAGCCAGUCUCCUGACCAGAACCUAGGAAAGGGGCUACAGCCUUAGACUCUCCAAAGACACACAUGAACAUAAGACUAUCCCCAGGACUCUCCAGCACACAUGCCAGGGCCAGCCUCUCUCAACAGAAACAUUGUUUUUCCACUGAAGACUGUGAGUGACUUUGAGUGAAGCCCCAGGGGAGUUGAAAGAUGGGGUUUACAGUAACCCUCCUCUUACCCCUCUACCCUAUAUCUGUGGGGACAGCAAGAAGGACGGGACACAUGAAGACCUCUUCUCUGGACCAGUGACCUGGGACUCUGAAGAGUGGAUCUGCUGAGUCUCAGAAGGAAACAGAGCCCUAGACACCUCCUGAAUCAGGACAAAGACAUUUUAUGUCCUCCUUGAUCAAGUCCCCAGAGAGAGCAAAGAACAAAACUCCCUGAGUACCCCCAGGAGGAUAGUGGGAUAUUUAAUUUUUGUGUGAGCUAAAGCAAGCUCUAUGUGUUUGUGUAACUGUGUGCACAUUCACAGUGCAGGCCAAAGGAGGAAAACUAACUACUAGGCAAGGCCUAACACUUUGGAGUGGCCUGGAAAUGGCUCCCCAGCUAGUGGCUUUUUGCAAGAUCGGGACUCCGGUUGAGAAGUCCCUUUUCUCAUACAUUUUGAGGACAAAGCAGACUUGUUCUUGUCAUCAUGACUGAAGAUCACAGACCCCUCCUAGGUGCUCUCUCCACUCCCUGCCAUCUGUUUAUUCUCGGCUGCUCCCUAUCUGUGAUAGACAGAACAGAGAUGCCAGGCCUCCCUCUACAAGGAACAUCUCUCUCCCCAGGGCAGGCGUGCAGUUAGCAGGCAGCACUGACCGCCAGCCCUUUAAGUUCUGCUUUGGUCACUCUGUGGCAUCACUCCAGGCCACACCCAUCCUGAGGCAUAUUCAUACCUAGUCACUGGGCUUGGUGAGAUGUGAUGUCUCAGUCAAUUUGGCCCACUUGGCUACAACUCUGAUGAGUAAUUUUCAUUCUAAAACUCUGAGUGCAUCAGACCAAGACUUUACCAGGCUUGCAUCAUAGUCUAACUUCCACCACCCGACCUUUUCCUCUGAAUUCUUUUCACAUGUGUUGACUAAACAGCUUGUGCCCAUUAGUGUCCUAAAUGGUAGCUCCAGAAAAGUAUGUCCACAUUUUAAUCCCCAGAAACUGUGACAAUUACCUUAUAUGGGAAAAGAUAUGGCUAAGCAUCCUGGGACUUUCCAGGAUUAUCUAAGUAGGUCUUAAAUGGCAGCCAAUGUGUCCCCAUAUGAGGGAUGGGGCACUUUUAAGAGAGAAGAAGCAGUGAUGUGAAGACAGAGGUUAAGAUUGGAAUGAGGGCAACUAUAAGCCAAGGACCUCCAGCAGUCACCAGAAGCUGGAAGAGGCAAGGAAUGGAUCCUCCUGCCAGAUCCUCCAGAGGGAACAUGGCUCUUAUGCUACCCUAAUAUCAACUCAAUAAGCCCCAAGAAUGUGAGAGAAUAUAAUUCUAUUGGUUUGCACCACUUCCUUCAUAGAAAUUUGUUUAAAUACCUGCAGGAAUUCAAUAGACACUUGAAAGUCUAUUUGAUUAUCAGCUUCCCGAGAGCUCCACCUGCAAUACUCAUCCACAGUCUACUAUGAGCAAAUGAGCAAAUGGAAAGUAAUCCUUGAGCUAAUAAUGUAGUACACUGGUAGAGUAUUUGCUUAGCAUACUCGGGGCCCUAGUUUUAGCCCCCAAUACAGCAAAAGCAUGACCUGGCAUGGGGAAGCAUAGGAUGUAACCCCAUCCAGGGCUGAGGACUUCCUUCCUUCAAAGCUCUAGACAUCACUGAAGACCCUGCUUAGUCCUACAUUUAUGCAGAACCUUUCUUGAUAGGCUAGCCACCAUAGCUCACUUUCUGAACCUUGUCCCUGAAACUCUGGUCCACAUGUUUGUGCCUCAUUUGAGUGUGGUUUCAGGAAGAUCUCUGUCCUGCUUGCCCAUCCAACUGGGAGCUUCCUGAGUCUGGGGGUGAUGUGGGUAACUUUGUGUUCCCCAUAACAAGGGAGGGCUGGACACAGAGCAGAUGCUGAGAACAAUGAAUGCCUUCUUCAGCCCUUCCCUACAUUGUUCAUACAUCAUACUGGCUACCCAUAAAAUGGAACCACUUCUCAAUAGGCAAGAGACAGAUGAGUCAACAGUCAAGAGACUUCAAUCAGAAUAAAAUUACCACCAGCUAUUCUCUGCUCCCUGGGAUUUGAGUGGAGACAUUAUUUUGCCAGCUUAUAUCAGCCACACCUUUCAGCCUGUAGGACUGGAUGUAUGAUUUGUGGGACCCAAAGAAAAAUGGAAAUAUGAGCUAGACCUAUACAGAAACAACUAAUAGUUGCAAGGUGACACAGCAAAGCUAAGCUGAAGCCCUCUACUGUGUAGGUUACAGGCUCACCAAGAUUGCCCAGGGGACAGAGUGAAAACAUGGAUCCUCCUUACACUUGGCACUGAGUAUUGCUGGCAUUUGCUGAGGGGUCAUUUAAUCUACACACCCAAGGGGAGCAAAUAUAGAACAGGGGUGAAAUAUAAUAUAUGCCAAAGACCUGUGAGAUCAGACUCAUUCAGCUGCAGUUAUCAGGAGGGUAUAACAACAGCCCAGCCCACAAGUCUGACUCAGCACAGGAGAAUGCUUGCUUCAGGGUUUUGUUAAGUGUGGCAGUUUUUGAGCUUCUUGCCUGUGGUCUUGCAACAUGUGACUUCUGCCUAUAAGUGGUUUCCCUAAGUCUGAACAUUUUCUCUGGUGUUGACAUAAAUACUUUGUUGGAGCUCAGGUCUUUGAGGAAAGUCCUGAUCUCUGGGAACAGACUGGCUUGCUAUCAAAUCAUGACUGUCCUGUUACUGUGUAACUUUUGCCAUGUUAUUUACGUUUUCCAUGACUCACUUUCUGUGUGUACAAAAUAGGGAGGAAUAGCUUUACUCUUGCAGAAAUAUUGGCCCUCUUUAAGUGAUAUGAUCUUUUUUUUUUUUUUGAAGGGAAAGAACAGAGGCAUUCUCUAUAGAGAAUAUAGUGACAUCUUGGAGGAAAUUCUGAUUCCUACACAAGGAGACCCUACAAUAAAUACUUCUGGCUGCUGA